UUCAGUUGCCCCCUUUCUAGUCAUGAGCUGUUGUCAUGAUGUGGUUCCUCCUCGUCCUCGUCCUCUUCAACGCUCACAUUGAGCCGCUGAAAGUUAUUGCAGGAAAGGUGAUUCUGAAGAGGGGAAAGGAGGCGUGUUCAGGCUACGUUGAAAUCUACCACGAGGAGCAAUGGGGUUACGUCGGACACACAUACUGGAACAACUCCACUGAGAAGGUGGUGUGCAGGAGCACCCACUGUGGGGAACCCGAGAAAGGUUCCUCACACAUGGAGCUUCGGUCCAUGGACAGAAAUGUGUGGCUAGAUGAGGUGCAAUGCAAUGGAACAGAGAAAGACCUGUUGAGUUGUAAAUAUCCUGGCUUGGACCUCAACAAUUUCAGAGACGACUAUGUGAGAACCAUCAAAUGCACAAAUGAAAUCAAAAUAAGCCUGGACGGGUACAAGUGUGCAGGAGCUGUGAGGUACUCCACAAGGCCGGGAGCUGCUUUAGGUUACUUCUGUGCUGACAACUUUGAUCAAGCUGAAGCCAACCUUUUGUGUAGAAGUCUUGACUGUGGAGACUCCAAAGAGAUCCCCAGACCACCUGGGUGGUUUGGCAGGGAAGAAUUCAAAAGCUCGGAGAAGAUGAAAAUCAAGUGUUACAACACGGAAAAUUUAACUAAUCUGUGGCAGUGUGCAGACCAGGAAACAAGUUCUUGCCAAAACCCUGCUUCUGUUAUAUGUACAGAUUUUGUGAGAGUUCAACUCAAAGGAAAUGGAUCGAAUGUGUGCUCCGGGCAGCUGGAAAAAGAGGAAAAUGAAAAAUGGAUUCCUGUUAAAGAAAACAACUCCAGUUCUGAUGUUUGUCAGCUGAUGCACUGUGGGACAUCUGUUAGCAAAACAAACAGUAACAAUGAAGUAAAUGUGAAAUGCUCAGACAAUGUAUCAGUCGUUCUGCUGGACAACAACAGAGAGGGAAAGUGCUACGGCGCAGUUCAUGUUGAAGUCAACAAUACGAGAUAUCCUGUGUGUGCCUCCACCUGGACCAGAGAAGAAGCUCAAGUGGUUUGCAGUGAGAAAAACUGUGGGAGUGUGCUGACUAUUGAAAGCAAGACAGAAGCUGGAGUGGGGAUUAUGGACAAUGUGAAAUGCUUCGGCAGUGAGUCCUCACUGUGGCACUGUUUUGGCUUCCGUGAAAAAACCCCUUUCAGAUGUAAUUCCAAAGCCUACGUAGUUUGUUCAGGUAGCGUGGACGUGAGACUGGCUGACAGUCCUGGAAGAUGUGCAGGGAGAUUGGAGAUUCAACAUAAAGGCAAAUGGCAAAGGGUCAAUCAAAAAUCAUGGCAGGACACCAACUCAGACCUCGUCUGCAAUCAUCUGCAGUGUGGAAAUAAACGACGUACCAGCAAUGCUGAGGACCAAUACAGCCAGGGUUCAGGUGAUUUCGUGACUGUAACAUGUGAUCAAAGUGCCUCGAAGAUAUCUGAGUGCAUCACCAAUGAGGACAAAACUGGCGGGCAGAAGGAAGCAGUCAGGAUAACCUGUGAAAAGCACAGCAUGGUAUUUCUGGAUGGAAAAAAUUCCUGCUCUGGCAUGGUUGGAAUAGAGCAGGAUAACAAAAUGUUCUGGCUCUCAGGGUCUAACAAGACAUGGACCCGAGACGUGGCAGACACAGUGUGUCGGCAGAUGCACUGCGGUGAGGCGUUGAACUUUAACUCCACAUCGAACACUGAUGAGAAGAAAGAGUUUUGGAAUGAAACUUACAGCUGCUCGUCCAACUCUAUAUCUUUGUUUGAAUGUCAAAAAACGGCACCUCCAUUGAAGCACACAGAUAUUGCCACUGUGAUAUGCACAGGAAACAAGAAAGUGAACCUGACAAAGGAGUGUUGGGGAAAUGUCAACAUUUGUGUGGGAGGAGAGUGUGGCAGUGUGUUUGGCGACACCUGGACUGAAAAGAAGUCUCAAAUGUUGUGUGAAAAUCUGAAGUGUGGGAAUGCGAUCCUGAAUACCAAAAACCCUCUUCCAGUCAUCAAUGUCUCCUUCAAAAGCGUGCACGCCACGGAGCAGACCUCAGACAUCAGCCAGUGCAACUUCAUCAAAAAUAACGACUUCAGUAAAAAGGCAGCUCCAGCUUUCGUUGUUUGCUCAGAAAGUGUUAACACCAGAAUAACAGCAGACAACAGAGACAAAUGUUGUGGGAAUGUGGAAGUUUUCUUUGAGGGUCAAUGGCUCCCAGUGUGCAAGGACGCUCUCAAAGAUAACACAGAAACACAGAACAGCAUCUGUGGGGAGCAGAAUUGCGGUCAAGCUGUCGAAAUGAAUGACUUCUUUGGACCUCAACCUAGUUCACCCAGCAUUUCACUCAUAAAGUGUAAUAGUGGUGAGAAGUCAUUAAAAAAUUGUACCAUCUCUUCUGAUGUGACCCCCUGCAAGCAUGCUGGUCUCCAGUGCUCACGCUGCAGGAAGAUGGAGCUGAAAACGGAGAAGGACUGCAUUAAAGGCAAGGCCUGCAGUGGAGCUGUAAUGGUUUACUCGGGAAAAGAUAGAAGUACUGUCUCUGUGGAUGGCUGGUCAAAAACUGAGAUGAACAGGCUUUGCAAAGACCUGAAAUGUGGCAAUGUCAGCAAACAUUUGCCAUUCACAGCUAUGACGGAGUCUUUCUGGAACACAAGCUUCAGUUGUGCGCGUGAAAACAACCCAGAAAACAUCUGGGCAUGUGAAGACAAAACUGCACCCUUGCAGAAGGAUGCGCUCUAUAUCGAAUGUCAAGACGAGCCAGCUAUCAACUUUUCACGCACCUGUGGCGGUGAAGUGACGAUAGACAACAUUAGUGUGUGCGACACUAACUGGCACAACGAUUAUUCAGACUUGGUAUGCAAAGAAAAGGGAUGUAUCAAAGCUGUCGGUCACUUCAGCAAGAAAGUUCCAAGCUCAAAAGACGAGUACUACCACGUCAGGUGUGAGAAGUACCACUCCAAACUGGGUCAGUGCAGAAGAUUCAAGGCAAAGUGUUACGGGAAAUUGGUGUCUGUUUACUGUGUCCGUGAAGUUAAGUUCAGGACCACAGAAAAAUGUGGAGGCAAGAUUCAGGUUAAUUACCGCAAUGAGUGGGAAAACAUGUGUCUCACGGAUGCAUCAAUAACGAAAUAUAAGCCGAAGCUGUGUGAAACGCUGCAGUGUGCCACACAUAAUGCAACCAUACAUACAUCUACCAACACACUGAGAACCACAUUGAAUUGCAACACCGUUCCGGAUGACGUCACGGUCUGUGUCCACCACUCGCCUUGUACAGGACUCGGAAAAGCUUCGAUCUACUGUCCAGGGCAUAAUGAUCCUGAUAAAUCAACAAUAACCCUAGUGCCAAUCAUCCUGGGAGUAGGAAUUCUUCUGGUUCUGGUGAUAAUGGCUAUUGUAUUUAUACGAAUCUACAUAGUUCGUAAAAACAAGAGGGCCACAAAUGCCACAUCGAGAAUGUCGAAAAUGGAAGAAGUGGAGUUUGAAAGUGGAGACUAUGAGGAUGUAAACACCAAAGCAAAUGAAAUGGAAGACUUACGCCGAUUGAGACCUGAGGCUGAGCUCAUCACAGAGGGUGAUGCUCAGAGCCUUCCCUCUUUGUCUUACGAUGACGUUGAUGUUAAUGAAGCUCUUUUCGAGGCUCGACCUUUGACCUCUCAGGCUUCAUUUGCUGUUGUGUCAGGUGACAACCUGACCUUUGAAGAUCAGGUGGCCUACGAGGUGGACGACCCACAGGAGAAUUACGAUGACAUUGAACACAGCCCAAAAAUCCCUCAGACGAAAGCUACAGUCCACGACGGCUCCCGAACCACACCUGCACGUGCAGGAUUGCUGAAGGGGGAUGAAGACUAUCUAGAGCCGGGCGAAGAUGGGUGAGCCAAAACUGGGUUAAAAACUACAAAGAUAAAAUCAAUCUGGACAAAGUCAACGGCCCCUAACCCAGUGCUUAUUGUAACCCACAAGAUGAAUGACAAAAUGCAACCCCAUUUCCUAAAACGUUGCAACAUUGUGUAAAGUCUGAAUAAAACUGAAUGUGAGGCUUUGCAAAAAACAUUGCAACCCCAUUAUUGAUUGAAAAGAGUACAAAGACAAGAUAUCACAUUUCGAGCGAUUUCAUUGGUUUGUUCCAUCAGAUGUUCACAUGUUUUCCAGUCUUUGGUUAACACAACUUUUUUUUUUUUUUUUUUUACUUUUUGUCGGCAUCAAAUUUACAAUUGGACUUUUAAUUUUCCUAAAACAAUUACAUUUCUCACUUUCAAUGAUUGCAUUGAUGUCUUUGUGCUUCUUUCAAUCAAACAUGGGCUUCUAAUGUUCUGUGAAUCACCACAUUCUGUAUAUUUUUAAAUUCAUUUUACACAAAGUCAAAAUGUUGAGAAAAGUCAGUGUUUCUCAACUGGUGGGCCGGGACCUGGAGACAUUUUCAGUGUGUCCUGAGUGUGUUCCUGGAAAAAAAAAGUUUUUGAAGUGCGUUUGUUUGUUUUGUUCAGUUUCUUGCCUUCAUUACAUGAUUUGAAGCGUGUACUUCACAAUUUUUCAUUAAAUAUAUCUGAUUGGUUGAAAAAUGUCAGAAAUCUGAGGCUGGACGGGUUGAGAACCACUGGUCUGGAUGAACUGUGUGAUUAUGCCUAAUGUUUUUAUGAGCCAAACAUUUGCUGAGGAGGUUUAAAUAGAUGCUCUAAUGAUGCAGAAAAAGGGUUUAACCCCUGAAUGCAUCACUCCUUCCACACAUGAAAAGAAGCUCACUGAGUCAUUUUUGUACAGUUUACAGGAAGACGUGUCCUGCUAAAACAGAUUAUUAACAGAUAUUUUUGUUCUGCUGAUAUGUUUCAAUCAUGGCUUGACUUUUAGGAAAUGUGCUUAGUAUGUUUUAAUAAUUAUGUGUUUUUGCUUUUUAAAUUUCUCAUGUAUAAGCAGCUGAGCCCGAUGAUUUCAGCAAAUGUAAUUAAGCUUUUAUUUUAAGAAGGUUAUAAUGAAGGUUAAGAAAUAAUUUGCUAUGAAUGUAAACACAAGGCCUUCAGUAGUAUGGAUGUUAGCUUCAUAGGUUUUUGAAUAAUGAAUAAAAUUUAAGGAUUAGUCGCUGAGAGUUGACAAUUUGUUCAUAAAUCAAAUCUAUUCAGUUGAUUCAGUUUCUAAAAGUAAAGAACAUAGCAGUCAAACUGUUCAUUUCUUAAGUGGAUAAAGAGGCAACUUUUCAGCAGGAAAGCAGUUUUCCCUUAAUCUGUGAGAAUUCUAUGUACAGUGAGACAUGUUAUUCAUUUUGAACAUUUUGUACUUUUAUCAUAAUUUAAGGGAUGUCAACCCGGCAAAUAAAGCACUUCUCUUUCA